AGGCCGGGACAUGCACCCACAUCGAGCGCCAGCAGGCAGAACCCGAGAUGCAACAUCGUCGCCGCAUCGCCGUGCUACUACUGCUAGUAUGGAGCGCGGUCGCCGCCGCGCUUGACGGAAGCCUCGAUUCCGAGCUGCCCGUCGUCUGCAACGCGACCUUUCCGUGCUACGACGCGAUCCGCGACCGCUGCCUCGCCGGCGACGUGGCCCAGCACGACGGCCGCGGCCGGCCCUUCUGCAACGCCUUCACUGCGCGCUGCCAAAACAAAACGCUCUGCUACGACUCGCGCCUUACGUGUCCCUGCAGCGGCGAUCGGCCCUGCAUGUACAAGACGACGGGGGCGUGCGAGCCGCAGAGCGACACUUGCUCGGCCACGACGCGGUCAGCCGUGUAUUCGUACUGCGUCAACAACUCGGCAGUCAUGAUCACGUUGACACCGUCGCCAACAUCAUGGCGCCCGUCAAGCGUUGUGGGCGCGGAUCCGAGCGACUCGUUCAACAAGGUGGCAAGCUCGGUGUCGACGAUGUUUAUCAUCAUAGGUGUUGCCAUCGUGCUCAUCAUGAUUGCGGUCAUCGUGUGCGUUUGCAAGCGCAAAGACACAUCCAUCGCGAUUCCCGGUCUCUCGGGCGCGACGACGAACGCUGCUGCGUACAACCAGCCCGGUCUCGUGCCGGCGGUGCAGUACCACGUGCAAGUACCGACGCAGCAAGCGUACAAUCAGCAAGGAUACCAGCUGUCCACGCAGGCGUCGACCAUGUACCAGCAGCAACAGCAAGCCUACCAGCCACCAACAACACAGUACAUCCCGGUGGUGCAGCCCAUCUCGUCGCGCUCGCACGCUUCGUCGACCAACACGUCUGCUGUGUCGGGUGCAUCGGCCGACUUUGAUGUCUCGGACCUGGACAUGUACCGCAUCAGCCACGCGCAGCUCACCAUCAUCAAGCCGAUUGCGCAAGGCGCGUACGGAGAAGUGCUUCUCGCGUCGUACCAAGGCAUGCGCGUGGCGGUCAAGAAGCUUUUGCCCAAUGACAACGCGCGCGUCGAGCUGCCAAAGUUCAUUGCGGAAAUCAAGCUUCUGGCCAAGAUGGAGUCGCCCUACAUUGUACAGUUCAUCGGUGCUUCGUGGCUCCGUCCCAGCGACAUCAUGCUCGUGACCGAGUUCCUCGAGGCAGGCGACCUUCGCAACUUCCUCCAGGGCACCUCGACCGCGUCCGUCUCGUGGCACGAAAAGCUCCAGCUGGCCUACGACAUCCUCCAGGGCCUCGUGUACCUUCAUACGCUCGAGCACAAGGUCAUUCACCGCGACCUGAAAUCCCGCAACGUCCUCUUGACCGACGAUCUGCACGCCAAGCUCACCGACUUUGGUAUUGCCCGCGAAAUGGAUGACGCGACCAUGACGGCCGGCAUUGGCACGUACCGCUGGAUGGCGCCCGAGGUGCUUCAGGAAGGUCACUACGCCGAGUCGGCCGACAUGUUUUCGUUCGGCGUCAUUCUCUCGGAGCUCGACACGCACCAGUUACCGUACGCCGACAAGGUCAACGGCAGCGGGCGCCCGUACACGGACACGGCCAUCAUGGCCAAAGUCAUGACCGGGGAGCUCCGCCCGUCGUUUUCCGAGAGCUGCCCACGCUGGUACCGCGACCUCGGCAGCUGCUGCAUGGCGCUCAAGCCCGAGGACCGCCCGACGGCCAUGGAAGCCUCGUAUGCUGUGCAAGUCGAAAUGCGCAACUCAUUUCAAAGUUGAAAACCAUUUGCGGGCUCUAUUGUAGGAAAAAACUUGACUGUAGUGAUAAAUCAAUCGUUC